AUGUUGCUUGAGGCUGUGAAUGUUAAUGGUGGCAGGCUGGGUCAUCAGAAUUCAAGUAGCAGACAAGAUGGAGGUAAUCCAGAACAAAGAGAUAUGAAGUUUCGUGCUAUUAAAAUAGACUUUCCAAAGUUUAAUGGGGAUAAUCCUAUUGGGUGGGUUUAUAAAGCAAAUCAUUAUUUUGCUUUGUAUCCUAUGCCAGAUGGACAAAAGAUUUGGAUGGCAUCUUUGUACAUGGAGGGAAUUGCUUUGAUUUGGUUCCAAGGUGCUGAAGAAACUGGUCUUUUUGUUUCUUGGGAUGCUUUUGUUGAUGCUUUACAAUUGAGAUUUGGGAACUCAUCAUAUGAUGAUCCUAUGGAAGCUUUAAAACAUUUAAAACAAACUUCUACAGUUACUGUAUACAAAACUCAGUUUGAAGAAAUCUCUAAUAGGUUGAAAAGAUUGUCUGAAGAUUAUAAGCUGAGCUUGUUUUCAAGUGGAUUAAGAGAUGAAAUAAGAUUACUUGUGAGGAUACUGCAUCCUCAGUCUCUUAAUUCUGCCUUUGGUCUUGCUAAGAUGCAAGAAGAAUACAUCCACAGUAUUCAUGGUAACUUUAGAGGGGGGAAUUAUCAAAAUUCCUAUGCACCAUUUUCUGUUGAAGGAAAUGGAUUUACUAAUAAUUUUGCAAGAAAAGACAACACUCUUGUAGAAAAGAAUAACAGUUUUAAGCCAUUUUUGCCAAUACAAAAAGUUACCCCAACUGAGAUGAAGGAAAGAAGGGAAAAAUGGUUGUGUUAUUUCUGUGGUGAGAAAUGGAACCCUAGUCAUAAAUGUGAGAGGAAAAAGGCUAAGUUCUUUGUGAUGGAAGGGAUGGAGUUAUUUCGAGAUGAUAACAAGCAAGAUUGCAGCACACAUAAUUUUCUUGAUCCCAUGAUUACUGGAAAAGUGGGGUUAGGAAUUAAUUUUGCUAAGCAGGUGGAACACAACAACAAGAUAGUGACAAUUAGAGGCAUGAAUGCUACUAAACCUGAAUUGGUUGAGGAUAUUCACAUAUGUCAGUUGACUACAAUUGAAAGGAAAGGAAUGUUGUUACCGUUAGUUCAGCUACAACAGCCUGCUAGCAAAGAACCGAUAGACAGUGAAGUUGAGGAGGUUUUGAAAAAGUUUGUUGUAGUCUUUGAGGAACCCAAGGGUUUACCUCCAAAGAGGAGCCAUGAUCACAAGAUUUAUCUUAAAGAGGGUACAAUGCCUAUUUCUGUUAGGCCAUAUAGGUAUCCCUUCGUACAAAAAGCUGAGAUUGAAAAGAUAGUUAAAGAAUUGCUAGAAGCUGGAGUUAUAAGAUGCAGUCAAUCUCCUUUUUCAUCUCCUGUGAUUCUUGUGAGGAAAGCUUAUGGAUCUUGGCUUAUGUGUAUAGACUACAGGGCUUUGAAUAGAGAAACUAUUAAAGUCAAGUUUCCUAUUCCUGUGGUAGAUGAACUUCUUGAUGAAUUAUAUGGGCUACAAUUCCUUUCAUUGGAGAGUAAUGCAGCUGCACAAGCCUUUGACGCAUUGAAGAAGGCUAUUUCUCAACCACCUGUUUUAGCUUUACUUGAUUUUACUAAACCAUUUUUAAUUGAAUGUGAUACAUCAGGUCAAGGAGUAGGAGUUGUUUUAAUCCAGAAUGACAGACCCUUGGCUUUCCUUAGCCAAAUUUUGAAAGGAAAAGCAUUGGAUCUUUCUGCAUAUGAGAAGGAAUUCUUGGCAUUAGUAGUGGUUGUUAAGAAGUGGAGGCCUUACCUUGUGGGCUCUCAGUUUGUCAUCAGAACUGACCAACAAAGCCUAAAGUUUUUACUGGAACAGAAGAUAGGUACACCUUCACAACAAAAGUGGAUUAGUAAGCUCAUUGGUUAUGACUUCAAAAUUGAGUAUCAAAAAGGCAAGGAGAAUGUGGCUGCAAAUGCUCUUUUCAGAAGAGAUGAUUCAAGAGACAAAGAAGUACUGUUAUCUGCCAUAAUUGUUUUGGAUCCAAUGUGGUUGCAGCAGUUGAAGGAUUCUUAUUUGCAUGAUGAAGAGAUCUCUACUAUAUGUCAGAAGUUGCAAAAAGGGGAAUUAAUGAAUCAGGCCUUUACAUUACAGAAUGGUUUUUUGCUGAAGAAAGGGUUAUUGCAGCCAUUACCUAUUCCUAUGAAGUCAUGGAGUGAUAUCUCUAUGGACUUUAUUGAUGCACUUCCUAAUUCGAAGAGAUUUUCUGUCAUUUUAGUGGUUGUGGACAGACUCACUAAGUAUGCCCAUUUUUUACCACUGUCUCAUCCUUACACUGCAGUUUCUGUGGCAAAGCUUUUUAUUUCACAAGUCUUCAAGUUGCAUGGUAUGCCUGCAACAAUUGUUACUGAUCGAGAUGCCACUUUCACAAGUGGAUUUUGGAAAAAACUCUUCAGGUUGCAAGCAACUAAAAUGACAUCAUUUGAGGCUUUGUAUGGUGUGCCUCCUCCUACCUUGUUACAAUAUGCAGCAGGUACAACUCAGAAUGAAGCAGUAGAUUUAGAGUUGAGAUCUCGAGAGGAGAUUCUGUCCUUAUUGAGAAAGAAUUUGCUGGCAGCACAAGCUACCAUGAAACAAUAG